GGAGAGGCGGCGAAACUGAAGCAGGUGAAGGGCUGUGCGUGGAUGUUUGUGAACGCGGGGGAGACGGGACGGGGUGACCGCGUGAAGACGAGACGGAGAGGGGCGAAGAGAGGACGAAGGACCCGGCCGCUGAGGGCGGGAGGACCCGGAGCCCAAGAAGAAGAAGAAGAAUAAAGCGGAGAAGAAGAAGAAGAGUGAAGGAUGUCUGAGAGGGUGGCUUCGUGUGGGAGUCUGUAUGACAGCACCAACCUGCUGCUGCAGUACUGCAACACCGAUGACACGGUGUCAGCCAGCAGCAACAUGGACAUGGAGGACCGGGUCUCCCACCUGGAGCAGAGGCUGCAGCUGCAGGAGGACGAGAUCCAGCUGCUGAAGGCGGCUCUGGCUGACGCGCUCCGUCGGCUCGGUCACUGCGAGGAGCAGAACCAGGGGAUCCAACCAGCAGGCGCUCACGCUGGGAGGAGACCAGUGGCUGCUGCGGCUUCCACCCCACCGACCAAAGUCCGACAGCUCCUGCAGGCUCUGCCCUCCAGGCCUCUGAGUAACGGCUACACUCAACAGAAACGCCUCCUUUCCUCGCCUUCAUCUCCAAAGAAAGAGGUGCUGCAAUCCAUUAAAAGGAAGAGCAUGUCCACCGAGCGACUGACGCUGGUGAGGAGGGAGAUGGCAGCAGAGAGUCGAAGUCGAACCACCUCCUCCAGCAGCUCCUCUGGUGGGAAAAGCAAAUCCAAAGAAUGCACCUUCAAUGCAGAGGACGGCUACGUGAGGAUGUUCCUCCGAGGUCGUCCCAUCACCAUGCACGUCCCAGACAAGCAGCGCGAGAGCUUCAGCCUCGAGCAGAAGGUGGCGCUCCCGGAAAAAAAGCUGAAGCUUCAGUGGGUGUACGGAUACCGCGGCCGGGACUGUCGCUCCAACCUCUACCUGCUGCCCACAGGUGAGAUCGUGUACUUCAACGCCUCGGUGGUGGUUCUGUACAACACGGAGGAGCAGCAGCAGAGACACUACCUCGGUCACAACGACGACGUCAAAUGCCUGAGUGUGCAUCCCGACAUGGUUACCAUAGCAACGGGUCAGGUGGCGGGAAACGCUAAGGAUGGGAAGCUGCUCGCGCCUCACGUCCGGGUCUGGGACUCUGUGAGCCUCAACACGCUUCACGUGAUCGGGAUGGGCGUGUUCGACAGAGCGGUCACCUGCGUGUCCUUCUCCAAGUCGAACGGUGGAAGCUUCCUGUGUGCCGUGGACGACGCCAACGAUCACAUCCUGUCGGUCUGGAACUGGCAGAAGGAGAAACAGCUGGCUGAUGUGAAGUGCUCCAACGAGUCUGUGCUGGCAGCCAUGUUUCACCCCAUGGACACCAACCUGAUCGUCACCUGUGGAAAAUCUCACAUCAACUUCUGGACCAUGGAGGGCAACACCCUCACCAAGAGACAGGGCCUGUUUGAGAAACACGAGAAACCAAAGUACGUGCUGUGUGUGGCCUUCGCUGAAAAUGGAGACGCCAUCACCGGAGACUCUGGUGGAAACCUCUACAUCUGGGCCAAAGGUGGGAACCGCAUCAGCCAGGUGGUGUCGGGCGCGCACGAAGGAGGCGUUUUCUCCGUCUGUGUCCUGAAGGAUGGCACCAUGGUGUCCGGAGGGGGCAAAGACCGCAAGGUGGUGCUGUGGGACCACAACUACAGGAAACAGGCUGAGAUGGAGGUGGGUGACUCCCUGGGUCCGGUCCGGGCUCUGGCUGAAGGUAAACCAGGUGAACUCUUCAUCGGGACGACGAAGAACGCCAUCAUCAGAGCUGCCUUCCCCGACACCCUAACCCCCAUCGUCCAGGGUCACACCGACGAGCUGUGGGGGCUGGAUGUCCACCCCUCCAUGGAGCAGUUUGUGACCUGCUCACAGGACAAGCAGGUGCACCUGUGGGACGUCGACUCCCAUCAGCCCCUCUGGAGCAAAACCAUCGAGGAUCCAGGGCGGUCUGCAGGCUUCCAUCCCAGUGGGGCCGUUGUGGCCGUGGGCACCAUGACCGGAAGGUGGUUGGUGCUGGACACCGACACUCAGGAUCUGGUCUGUGUGCACACCGAUGGAAACGAGAUCAUUUCUAACAUCAAGUACUCUCCAGACGGGAACUUCCUGGCUGUUGCGUCACAUGAUAACUUUGUGUACAUCUACGCUGUGACCGAGAACGGCCGCAAGUACAGCCGUGUGGGGAAGUGUGUGGGUCACUCCAGCUUCGUCACCCACGUGGACUGGUCAGCAGACAGCCACUAUCUCGUCACCAACUCAGGAGAUUACGAGAUCCUCUUCUGGGAGGCGGGCAGCGGGAAGCACGUCACCAACAUGGACACGGUGCGCAACCUGGAGUGGGCCACCUCCACCUGCACGCUGAGCUUCAACACCUUCGGAAUCUGGCCAGAUGGAGCCGACGGCACGGACAUCAACGCCGUGUGCAGGUCACAUGACGGGUCCCUGCUGGCCUCCGCUGAUGAUUUUGGCAAAGUGCACUUGUUCUCCUUCCCCUGUUCUCAACCAAGGGCUCCAGGUCACGAGUGCAGCGGGCACAGCAGUCAUGUGACCAACGUGGCCUUCCUGCACAACAACAGUCACCUGAUCUCCACCGGCGGGAAGGACACCAGCAUCCUGCAGUGGGUGGUCGCCUAGGCAACGCCCGCCUCAGCACCACACCUGGCUCCCCUCUCCCUGCUCCUCCGUGCCUACUGGAAGCCUAAAACACACAGAACCGGCCCGACCCGCUGACCUCAGAGCAGAAUCUCUGCCUCGCCGACCACGCCUGUGAUUUUUAUCGUGCCUGGACCGUUUCCGUUUUAACCCUCUUUAACGGAGAGCGUCACUCGUUUUAAAUG